UGUCAUUUUUUGUUUUUCUUUCCAAGAGGAGAAAUUGAUUUAUUUACUGCGUGUUUCCACACAUUUAUAGGGAAGGGAUAUCAAAUAUGGAUUCAUAUGGUAACGAGUUCGUACAUGAAAAGAAAAUUCCGGCCGUGUUUCCAAAAGCCUUAGAACCGUAUGAUACAAAACCAAUUGAAAAUGAUUUCGGUUUAACAAGCACUGAAGUAUUGUCACUUAAAGCUGGUUGGGCAAUGAUAAAGAAGAAGCAGCAUCAAGUUUCGCUCAGCACUUACGUAAAUCUCUUCACUGAACAUUAUGAACUCUAUGAAUUGUUUCGUAAUCCUCAAGGUCACCUGAAUGUCCAAUUGGCCGCCUUACAUCAGAAAAUGGUACUCCACGUUUUUCAGUUGGUCAUAGAACAUUUGAAUGAUGCACGCUUUGUUAGGACGUUGCUCAAGGAUGUAGCGUCCAAACAUAAAAAAGUCCCAGUCACGAGUUAUGAAUGGCAGCUGUACACAAAUCAAGUGAAACGAUAUUUCGUGGACACAUUGAGUAAUUUUAGUUCCCCAUCUUAUGUUCAAGCACUGGAUAAACUUGUGGACAAUAUCUGCUACUUCAAUGUGACAGAUAAUUAACAAGAAGAGGAUGAGUGCCGUGGAAUGUAUUUUGUAAAUAAAAAUCAACAAAUGAUUAUACAUAUUGUAUUUAAUAUAAAAACUUUA